AUGUCAGGGUCACGUGCAGCGGCUCGAGCCAACUUCAAAGACAUCGUGACGAGAGUGGCCGAACACGGCUUCGUCCACGACCUCCUAAUCAACGAUUGUGUCUUCGCAAUGGCGGCUACGCGCACUUUACUUCGGCUGGGGGGCAGUCGCUCCCUUGGCUCGGCUUCCAGGUCGGCAGCAUGUGUCCGCGCCUUUUCCUCCAGUCCCCUUCGAAGGGCUGCCGAGGAAGACCCUGUGCCGAACAUGAGGAACGCUCCACGACCUCCUCAGGGCGAGCUUCGUGCGCCUCUGGUGAACCCCGCAGACAAGUACCAGGACCAAGCCGAUAGCAUGCACAAAUACGGCCAAUAUGUCAUGUCUUGUCUACCAAAAUACGUGCAACAGUUUUCCGUUUGGAAAGACGAACUCACCAUUUUCGUUGCGCCAUCUGGUGUCCUGCCCCUGAUGAACUUUCUCAAGUAUCACACCGCUGCCGAGUUCACUCAGAUUUCCGACAUCACCGCGGUCGACUACCCAACCCGAGAUCAACGAUUCGAAGUCGUGUACAACAUGCUUAGUGUCCGCCACAACUCUCGCAUCCGUGUGAAGACGUACGCCGACGAGGCCCAGCCCGUUCCCAGUGUUACCGGUCUCUUCGAAGGAGCCCUCUGGUACGAACGUGAAGUCUAUGACAUGUUCGGCGUCUUCUUCACCGGCCAUCCCGAUCUUCGUCGUAUCAUGACCGAUUACGGAUUUGACGGCCAUCCUUUGCGCAAGGACUUCCCCUUGACUGGCUACACUGAGAUUCGCUACGACGAAGAGAAGAAGCGAAUUGUCUACGAGCCUCUGGAACUCACCCAGGCUUUCCGCAACUUUGAAGGUGGCUCCGCUUCCUGGGAACAGGUUGGACAAGGAAUUGACCGUACACCCGAAUCGUUCAAGCUGCCUACCCCCAAGCCGGAAGAGAAACCGGAAGAAAAGAAAUAA